CACACCUCCCGCGCGACAUCGCAGCCCGGCUAUAUAUACGCUUCUCCCGGCGAGGCGUCACCCUCAGCAGCCACACGAGACUACGAGAGUUCAGCGUAAAGGAAGGAAGCAGCAGCCGAGCCAAGCCUUUUGCAGCAAUGUCGGGGGCGCAGGGCGCGCAGCCGAUGGGCGAGACGACGCCGACGACGUACGAGUCGGUGGGCGGCGGGGAGAACCGCACGCGCACGGACCUGCGUUCGCGGGAGGACCAGGGCGCCAUCCAGAUCGACAAGGUGCAGGACAAGGUCGACGAGCCCGCCGCGCGCAAGGUGGACGACCGCGCCUUCGACGCCAAGCAGGUCGGCCACGGCGCCGGCGCCGACGCCGGGGCCACCGGGACCGGCGCGUGAUAUCGUUCACGUGAAGACCGUGCGGUAGAAAGAAUGGUGCUGCUACUUUGUUGUUGUACGUGCGCCUAGAGUGUUCUUCUGUUUGUAAGAGCACCAUGUGUGUGAGCCUGUAACAAUAAUGAUGUAAUAAAACUGCUCUUGAGUUUCCAUUUCAGCA